GCUCCAGUCUCCGGCCCCGGCUUCACGCAAGCACUUCCCACCUCGGGCGAAAGUCCGCCGGGCGCCGGAUCCGCCGCCCGGCCGAGAGGAGGGGUCGCGCCCGCCCGCCGCUCGCCGCUUUCCCGGGGAUUGCUACUCUGCUUUGAACUUAAAUGAACUAGCCCCGGACCGCGGGAGGAGGAGGAGGGAGAGCCGCGUCCUCCUGCGCCUUCUGCCGCCUGGCCGCCGGCCGCACCUUGCUCCGGCACCCCCUCCCCGCCGCCGGGGAUGCUCUGAGCCCUCCCAGCCAUGACACCCACCUGCCCCCCGGCGCCGCCAGUCCCUCGCUCCCACGGACUCUGCUGACUCCCCCAAGGCCGGCGCAGCCCUCCCGCCCCCCGGAAAGUACUUCGCUGCCCGUUCCGCCGGGCCGGGGGCCCAGCGCAUCCCGCCGCUCUCCUCCUCUCCUCUCCUAGUGUGCUUUUUUGUUUUGCUUCCCUUUUUUUUCUUUUUUUUUUUUUUUUUUUUUUUUAAUUUUUUUCUCCCCUAAGUCUUGAAGUUGAGUUUUAGAGGCGACACGGCGGCUUCAGCCGAUUUCUUCCCCUUCCUUUGCCUCCCCAUGGAUAUGCACUGCAAAGCAGACCCCUUCUCAGCAAUGCACCGGCACGGGGGUGUGAACCAGCUCGGGGGGGUGUUUGUGAACGGCAGGCCCCUACCUGACGUGGUGAGACAAAGGAUAGUGGAGCUGGCUCACCAGGGGGUGCGACCCUGUGACAUUUCCAGGCAGCUGCGGGUCAGCCACGGUUGUGUCAGCAAGAUCUUGGGCAGGUAUUACGAGACGGGAAGCAUCAAGCCCGGAGUGAUCGGAGGCUCCAAACCCAAAGUGGCCACCCCCAAAGUAGUGGAUAAAAUCGCCGAGUACAAGAGACAAAACCCGACGAUGUUCGCCUGGGAAAUCCGGGACAGGCUAUUGGCCGAGGGCAUCUGCGACAACGACACGGUCCCCAGCGUCUCUUCCAUAAACAGGAUCAUCAGAACCAAAGUUCAGCAACCUUUUCACCCAACACCAGAUGGGAGUGGGACAGGUGUGACUGCACCAGGACAUACUAUUGUGCCCAGCACAGCAUCCCCUCCUGUCUCCAGUGCCUCCAAUGAUCCAGUGGGCUCUUACUCCAUUAACGGGAUCCUGGGGAUUCCUCGGUCGAAUGGCGAGAAGAGGAAACGUGAUGAAGAUGUAUCCGAGGGCUCAGUUCCCAAUGGAGAUUCCCAGAGCAGCGUGGACAGUUUGCGGAAGCACCUUCGUGGCGACACUUUCACCCAGCAGCAGCUGGAAGCUUUAGAUCGAGUUUUUGAGCGUCCUUCUUACCCUGACGUCUUUCAAACAUCAGAGCACAUCAAAUCUGAGCAGGGUAAUGAGUACUCCCUCCCAGCUCUGACCCCUGGUCUCGAUGAAGUCAAAUCAAGUCUAUCCACUUCUGCUAACCCAGACCUGGGGACAAAUGUGUCAGGACCCCAGACGUACCCUGUGGUGACCGAAAACCUCUCCUCUCCCCUCAGUAUAAAGCAAGAGCCUCAUGGAGCCUCUCUCACCCCUUUCACCCCCACCACGCCGGUCGGCUCUGGGCAGGCUGAUCUUCAGCCCUUCCACAUGGCCCUUUCAGACGAUGCGUCCACGCCUUGCUACAGUGCCUUCCUUCAUCAUGGUGCCCACUUUGGGCAGUCCAGCAGCCAGCCUCUGAUAGCAGGUCGUGAUAUGGCAAGCACCACCUUGCCUGGCUACCCACCCCAUGUUCCCCCAACUGGACAAGGCAGCUACCCAACAUCAACUCUUGCAGGAAUGGUUCCUGGGAGCGAGUUCUCAGGGAACCCCUACAGCCACCCUCAGUACACGACCUACAACGAGGCCUGGCGGUUCAGCAACCCUGCGUUACUAAGUUCCCCUUAUUAUUAUAGUGCCACAUCCCGGGGCUCCGCACCUCCCACUGCUGCCGCUGCCUAUGACCGCCACUAGUUACCAUGGAAACCACAUGAAACUGCAGGGCGACAGCUUAGGCCUCCACAUUGUACCUGUCUGAUCACCUCCCUCCACCCCUGCCAAGGGUGAAGAGACCUUCUCCGUUCCUCCCCACAGUCCAGUUCCUUCCUCUUCGCCACCAAGGCACCGGACCAAGCGCUCACCACAUGAGACUGAGGCCCCGGUUCCCCUGCCCUCCGCCCCGGCCUGCCCCGCGCCAGGAUCAGCCUGCGGCCCAGCGGCCUCCCCUGCAGGAGCCCUCCACCACCCCGCAGACAGCCCUGCCGUGCAGAGUCCUCCUGCCUUCCAGACUCCAGGGGGCUGGGAAGCAAUGCAGCUGGCAGCCAUUGCCUUACAGGACCCCCUUCUGGGAGCGGUGAGGGCCAGGGAAACGGGGGAGAGUGCCGCUCAUGAAACACUGUUCCCCAAAGAUAUGCUCUUCUGUGGUGGACUCUUGAGUGUGUAACCUGUGAUGCUCACCCUGUUUCCCAGGACAGAGGGAACGGUCUGGCUAGAGCAGAGAUGGCAGCACAGAGACCUGGCCCAUCUGGCAAUGAAGAAAGGACCAAGUAAAGAUCUGUGCCCCAUGAGGGGUUCUCUGUGCACCUCAUCCCCACUUUCCAGCACGGAUUCCCCCGGAGUUGGCUGCACCUCACGGGUGGUGACUUUGCAGGCCAGAGUUGGGAGGAACCUCACACAUACACCCACAAUUUCUGUGACACACAAUCAGUUCAGACAGGAGGAUGGAGCAACAUUUACAAACAAACCGACGAAAUGAAGAAAUAUAUAAAUAGAUAUAUAAAUAUAACUGUGUUUUUAUGCUUUGUCAUGAAGGUCUGUAAAAAGGAACAAAAAAAUCCCCAAUUUUCUAAAAAACCCAAGCAAACAAAACCAACAAAAAAACCAAAAUAAUAAUUAAAAAACCCUACAAAAAUAAAACUCCAAGUCCCAUCUCUCCCCACCACCUGAAUGGCAGACGAGUUCCUCUGACGUUUGAUGCUCCUCUUUCACUCUAGGGUUUUGUUUCCUUUCUGUUUUGCACUACAAUGGGAUGAUGGUAUUGGAGAGGAUUGGAUGCCAGCUCUACCCGGUCGCCUCCUCCUCCCCCUCCUUUCCCAAAUCCUGUCUCUGGGGAGCAGUGUGGACAAGUCACAUCUGACAAAGUUACCAAAUACAUCAGUCGACAAAAAAAAAAAAAAAGCACUCUGAGGCAACAAAAGUUUUCCAUGUCACUGGUUGGCAAACAAAGAAAACAAGCCCAGCUGCGCUCUCACUGCGCCGUGUGGUGGAAAGUGUGGGGCUUCAUGUGGGCCCAUCUGAUUGGCCUCUGGACAGCUGAGACUGAGAUGGACAAAUUCAGGAUUGGCUGGGAUAAUUGCUUGGUUCCCUAGUCCUUAGCCUUCAGUCCUUUUACCUUAAACUCUGUACCUGUGACGACUUCAGUUCACCCACAUCCCAACUUUUGCAAUUUUAGAUAUGCCCAACACCCAUUCUCCAGAUCUCCACUGCUGGUGACAACCACCUCAUUAUCUGUGCCCAGCACCUAAUUUCCUGACCAUUAUAGCCCUGCUGUAUGGGCCCCCCUUUGAUUCCCCACCCAUCUGCUCAUAUACCUACUAAUUUAUAAGGUCCCCAUUCAAAUCCAUAUGCUUGUAUUCUACCAGCCAGACCCAAUAUACAGCCCCAUCUUUUCAUCUUCAAUCCUGUAUUGUGUACCCUAAUAUUUACCCCUUAUCCCAAAUGCUCACCUGAUGAUUCUCUAGGGAUUCUCUGCUCAUUUUGGUUCCCAAGUGACAGACAAACACUGUUCUACAAAAGGCUAACUGUCAAUAGAAAUGCUUAUUACUACUGUAUUGUCAGCAAACUCAUAAACUGUUCCUUGCACUGACACUUCCUCAAAAUUACUCAAAGAAAACAUGAAGGCAGCUAUAGCCUGUCCCCAGGGCACCAAGUCUGCCAAAGUAGAUCCUUGUUGUUUUAGAGAGGUUUCAGAUAAAACUCGUGGGCUAUUGUCCAUGGACAAAGACAGGAUUGAGAAUAAAACCCCUGAAGGCCAUAAAAGUGAACAGUGGAGCAAUCUGUACAGCCAACGUCAUGUAUAAAAUCCAAAGUUCCAAGCCUCUGAGGAGAUGUGGUAGUGGACUUGGUAUUCUGUCUCCAAGUUUAACUUGUAUGUAUGAAAUCUACCAUCAGUAAACAGCUGUGUUGAUCCCAAAGGCCCCUUUCACCUAACUUUUUUAGCCUUUGCAUGGCUUUAGCUGAUUAUAGGUCUGUGUCUUCUUUUAUGGGGUGCCCAAAUGAUAAGGGUAUUUGGGGGGACAUUUACAUAGAAGAUAUAGAGCUAAAAUCUGUUCCUGUACAGAAUAAAAUCAAAGAGGUUACUCCUGA